UUCAACAAUCAAUAAACGCAUUGAAUAAGUACCAUCAUCUGGAAUUACAGAAAAUGGACAUCCCAAAACUCUCCCUUCUCUCGGUCUGUCUGAUGGUGGCCCUGCAGCUCGCCUGCGCCCAAAACUCUCCUGACGACUACCUCAAAGCCCACAACGCUGGCCGUGCACAAGUUGGCGUCCCACCCCUCGCUUGGAGCGAGACCCUUGUCGCCUACGCUGAAGACUACGCCAAAAAGCGGGCCGGAGAUUGUGCAAUGAAGCAUUCUGAUGGACCUUAUGGUGAAAACCUGGCAAAGGGGUCGUGGGACGUGAACGCCAAAGAGGCGGUGCAAAUGUGGCUUGACGAGAAAAAAUUCUAUGACGAGGCUACGAAUACUUGCAUUGGAGGGGAACCGUGUUUGCAUUAUACACAGGUGGUUUGGCGAGGCUCGACCCAUGUUGGGUGCGCCAAGGUGAAGUGCGCGAAUGGGUGGGCAUUUGUCUCAUGCAACUAUGAUCCUCCGGGUAACUAUGUCGGAGAGCGUCCUUAUUGAUUACACAUUUUUAAUAUAAAAUAAAGAGAUUAUGAUAUUGUUA